AUGACCACCAUUGAACAGCCAGACUCGCAAAAGAUCAAGGAAGUCCUGGAAUACUGCGAGAGCAGAUUUCGGACAGCGCUCGCUGCCUUUGAGAAGCACGAUCAGCGCCUUCACGCUUGGAGGACGGAGGUUCUGAAGCAAGAACUGCAAGUCGCUCUCCGAUGGAUAGGGGUCGCGACGGCAACAGGGUGUCCCGUUACUGUCCCGUCAACCAUCCGGUCCCUUGCGAGCAGCCUGUACUUUCAGACCGGCACCCCCGAGUUUGACCCAAUAUCUGACAGCGACCCUAAUCCCGUCGACUCGCACCCUUUCGCCUGGUGGAUGGGGAGUGAGCGGCCCGAAUCGGGCGCGUUUCUGACAGACAUCAACCUGCAGACCUGCCUCAACGCUUGGAACGAUACCCACCCCAGGCCAUCCGUGGAGGAACCGACCACCCCAAUGGACGUCGAUUGCCCAAAGUGUCAGUACUACAAGGGGCUGCUUAGAACGGCGGAGAUCGGGCAAAUCGAGGGCCAGCAGAGGGCGCAAGGGUUAGAGGCGACGUUGGACAAGGAUGCGAUACGCGCGGAAGUCGGCAGCGACGACGACGAAAGCAUGCGGGACGCGACAUCGGCAGCGAACGAGCUGCUAUACGAGGCCCGCAUCGACGCCGACGCCCUCAGCCAACCUCCUCGUCCUCCCAUUGCCCCACCCGCGCCAGCACAUCGCAUGGCUGAAGACGACCCCAUCGACACGUCGUCCUCGUACAAAGCUGCGCCGUUCGAGCCAGCACAACAACAUGCCCCGCUAAACAGAUGGGCCCAACGGGACGAAGAGAUCGACGGAACCCUGGACGUGUCGUCCUCGGACGAAGAUGUGCCGCUCGAGCCAGCACAACGACAUGCCCCGCUAAACAGAUGGGCCCAACGGGACGAAGAGAUCGACGGAACGUUGGACAAGCAUGGGGCUAAAUCUGGAGGCCGAAGCGGGCUUUAUAUACCAGCCUCGUCCAAACCUGCCAUCAAAAUGACUUCUGUUCCCAACCCCCGUGUCGUCGCCGGGCAGGCGGUGCCCCCCAACCAGGCUGCUCAAGGACACCACCAGCUCGUGUGCUACAUGCAAGGACAGGCUCCCCAGAUCCCCCAAAACGCGACCGUAUACGUUUUUAAUAUCACCGUACCCGCCGCCGCGCCACCCAACAACCCUCAGGUGGCCGCAGAAGGCGGCCCACCCGACGAGGACGUGCCAGAGGAAGAGGAACCCCCCAAGAGGCGUGGGUACGCAACAAGCUGCGCCCAAUGCCGCUACCACAAACCGUCGGCGAAGAAGGAAGAGUACCGACUUGCGAUUAUUGUGAUGAAAAGGGGCAAAAGGCAAGUCAUCGGCGCCCAGCCCUCGAAGCACGGCCUCAAGGAGGAACGCAGUCCGUAA